GGUGCAAGAAGCAGCGACUGCAGCAGCAGCAGCAACAAAAAAAUCCUCAUCAAAUCCUCACCUAGGCUCUCAGUGUAUCCAGAUCCACAUCUUCACUCAAGCCGGGAGAGGGAAAGAGGAAAGGGGGGGGAGGAAAAAAAAAAAAAAAACCCCAACAACUUAGCGGAAACUUCUCAGAGAAUGCUCCAAAACUCAGCAGUGCUUCUGGUGUUGGUGAUCAGUGCUUCUGCAACCCAUGAGGCGGAACAGAAUGAUUCUGUGAGCCCCAGGAAAGCCCGGGUGGCAGCUCAGAACUCAGCUGAAGUGGUUCGCUGCCUCAACAGCGCUCUGCAGGUUGGCUGUGGAGCUUUUGCAUGCCUGGAAAACUCCACCUGUGACACAGAUGGGAUGUACGACAUCUGUAAAUCCUUCUUGUACAGCGCUGCUAAAUUUGACACUCAGGGAAAAGCAUUUGUCAAAGAGAGCUUAAAGUGCAUCGCCAACGGGGUCACCUCCAAGGUCUUCCUGGCCAUUCGGAGGUGCUCCACUUUCCAGAGGAUGAUUGCCGAGGUGCAGGAGGAGUGCUACAGCAAGCUGAACGUGUGUAGUGUCGCCAAGCGGAACCCUGAAGCCAUCACGGAGGUCGUCCAGCUCCCUAAUCACUUCUCCAACAGAUACUAUAACAGACUUGUCCGAAGCCUACUGGAAUGUGAUGAAGACACAGUCAGCACAAUCAGAGACAGCCUGAUGGAGAAAAUCGGACCCAACAUGGCCAGCCUCUUUCACAUCCUGCAGACAGACCACUGUGCUCACACACACCAGCGAGCUGACUUCAGCAGGAGGCGUGCCAACGAGCCACAGAAGCUGAAAGUCCUCCUCAGGAGCCUCCGAGGUGAGGUGGCCUCUCCCUCCCUCAUCAAACGCACCUCCCACGAGAGUGCCUAGCCGGGGAGAGGUAUUCACAACCUCACCAAACUACGAUCAUUUUAAGGGUGUUCGCUCACCAACUUCGAGUGUACUGUGCCUGGUUUGAUUUUUUUAAGUAGUUCCUAUUUUCUAUCCCCCCCCUUAAAAAAAAAUUGCAUGAAACUAGGCUUCUGUAAUCAAUCUCUCAACAUUCUUCGAUGGCGGCAUUCUCACCACCAGAACACGUGUGACCUUUUUGCCUCUCCUCAGGAGAAAGUGGCCUCUUUUACCACUUUCCUCCACCAGGUCUUUUCCCAGCUCCCCUCCAAUGACUCUCAAACACAAAACAUUCAUGUGAUUCCCCAGACUUUGUAAUUUGAAGAUGUGGAACCCUUUAGAGUGGUUGCCCCAGUAGAGUUAGCUGGUAAGAAGCAACUUAAUUUAAAUGCAUGUCUUAAAACGCUCAUAAAGAUGCUCAGUGGAAUUCGUGUUAUGAAUCUGUGCUGGCCAUGGACGAAUAUGAAUGUCAUAUUUGAAUUCUUGAUCUCUCAUGAGCUAGUGUCUUACGGUCUUGAUCCUCAAUGUCUAAUUUCCUUCCCAACACAUUUACCAAAUUGCUCGAGCCUGGCUCUCCAACCAGACUUGGAGCCUGCAUCUUCUUGCAUCUAAUGAAAAACAAAAAGCUAACAUCUCUAUGUACUGUAACUGCUCAGAGCUUUAAAAGUAUCUUUAACAAUUGUCUUAAAUCCAGAGAAUCUUAAGGUCUAACUGUGGAAUAUAAAUAGGUGAAAACUAAUGUACUGUACAUAAAUUCCAGAGGACUCUGCUUAAACAAAGCAGUAUAUAAUAACUUUAUUGCAUAUAGAUUUAGUUUUGUAACUUAGCUUUAUUUUUCUUUUCCUGGGAAUGGAAUAACUAUCUCACUUCCAGAUAUCCACAUAAAUGCUCCUUGUGGCCUUUUUUAUAACUAAGGGGGUAGAAGUAGUUUUAUUCAACAUCAAAACUUAAGAUGGGCCUGUAGGAGAUAAGAAAAACCAACAGGUUUAUCUGAAGGACCCCAGGCAAGAUGUUAAUCUCCCAGCCCACCUCAACUCAGAGGCUACUGUUGACUUAGACCUAUCCUGAAACAGCUCUGUCACAUCCAACUGAGAAUUACAGGAACCAAAAAGAGCAUCCCUUUGGGCUUGGACCACUUAGAGUGUGAUAAGGCCUGCUAUACCUUGGGAAGUGGCAGUUCUUGACUUUCUGCCUUUCAUCAGUGCCUGGUACUUUGGCAGCCUGAUGAUGGGGUAGGAGGCUUUCCAUUAACUCAAUCAGGAAUGAGUCAAUCAGCCUUUGGGUCUUUAGUUUGGGGGACUUGGGGCUGAGGGGGUAUAAAUAACCCUGGGCUGUCCAGCCUUAAUAGACUCCUCUUACAUUUUUGUCCUGUAGCACGCUGCCUGCCGAAGUAGUCCUGGCAGCUGGGCCAUCUCUGUAGGAUUGCAAAAAAGAAAAAAGAAAAAAAAAAAAAAUGAAAGAAAGAGGAAAACAAGAGCUGGCGGUUUGAUCAUUUCUGCCGUGAUGUUUACAAGAUGGCGACCACCAAAGCCAAAUGAUUAACCUAGCUAUGAACAACAGUAGUUUCUCAGGGUCACUGUCCUUGAACCCAACAGUCCCUUAGGAGCGUCACUGCCCACCAAAGGUCAAUGUUGAGAGAGGAAGACGGAGGAGGGGUAGGACUGUAAGGGCCACUCCAAACUCGCUUAGGUAGAAACCAUUGGUGCUUGACUCUCACUAGGAUAAACUCCAGAUUUGCCCAGAUCAAGUGUUAGGGAUGCCGGUGGGAGGAGGAAGGGCACAUCC